ACCGUUGACCUUUCCCAAAAUGCCUAUGCCAAUCCCAAUGCACAGCACAUAUGUAGUAUGCAGUAUGCAAUACUCUCUCCCAAACAUUUGAUUUGACCUCCAUCGCGUUCUUUGUCUGCAAUGAGGCGAGGCGAGGGUGAUCCGGCGAUCGCCGUAGUCGUCGGCGUGCUCUGCGUGGCAUCGGCGGUGGUCGUGGUCGGCGGGGCCAAGGGAGGAGAGCUCGCCACGCAGCUGCUGAACGGCUUCACCGCGACGCACGCGGCGGGCGCUGCGGCGGCGUUCGAGCCGGUGCUGUACGCGACCGACGGCGUCUUCGCGUUCGGCUUCCUCCGCGUCGGCUCGGCGUCGCUCGACCUCGCCGUCGUCCACCUGCCCUCCUCCUUCCCGCUCUGGCGCGCCACGCCGGCCCGCCUCGGGGAUUGGUCUCGCCCGGCCACGCUCACCUUCGACAGCAGCCUGGUCCUCACCGAUCAGGACGACGGCGUGCUGUGGCAGACUCUCAACACCAUCGGCGACACCGUCGUGCUGCUAAACUCCUCCAACCUCGUCGUCCGGCGGUACGCGAAGCCCCUGCCGGCGUGGCAGAGCUUCGACCACCCCUCCGACACGCUGGUCCUCGACCAGAACUUCACCGUCUCGUCGCCGCCGCUCAUCUCCAGCAGUCGCCGCUUCGCGUUCCGCCUCGGCAAGACGUAUAUGGCGCUGCACAUGGAGUUCUACGGCGGCCGGACCACGCCCAUGUACUGGCAGCACACCGCCCUCGAGGCGCAGCCGCAGAACGCCACGGAGCCGCCGGUAUACGGCCGCCUCGACGCCCGCGGGUUCUUCGGGCUGUACCUCGAGGGCGGCGGCCAGAAGGUCGACGUGCUCUCGUUCGACACGUUCGUGCAGAACCUCACCGGCGUGUUCCGGCGCAUGACGCUGGACGACGACGGCAACCUCCGCGCGUACUACUGGACCGACGGCGCCAAGGACUGGAUCUCAGACUACAAGGCCAUCGCCGGGCGGUGCGAGCUGCCGACGUCGUGCGGCGCGUACGGCCUGUGCGUCCCCGGGGAUGCCCAGUGCCAGUGCCUCGACAACAGCACGGGAACCUCCCCGCCGUGCCACGCCGAGGAGACCGCCGACCUCUGCGCCGCCAACGGGCAGCAGCUGGAUUUCGAGGUGGUGCGGCGGAAGCGGGUGACCGUGGCGUACAAGGAGGAGCUGCCGUCCGAGACGAACAUGACGGCGGAGGAGUGCGAGGUGGCGUGCGCGGGCAACUGCAGCUGCUGGGGCGCGGUGUACAACGGCGGGAGCGGCUACUGCUACCUCAUCGACUUCCCCGUGGAGACGCUGGUGUACGAGGCCGACGACCGGAAGUUGGGUUACUUCAAGGUCAGGAAGCUGCCGAGCCCGAAGCGGACGCGCAUGUCGCCGGGCGUCACCGCCGCGACGGCGGUGCUGUCGCUGGUCCUGGUGGGCCUGGCCGUGGCCGGGGCGCGCUCUGGGUACCGGUUGUGGGAGAGGAGGCGGCGGAAACGAGCGGGGAUGGAGCAGGAGCUGGUGCCGGGUCCCUACAAGGACCUCAAGACCAUGGGCAGCUCUAACAAUUCGUUCAAGCAGGGCAUGAAUCAAUGAGACGGUGCGGAGUGGGGUGCAUUGCUCGUCCUCAAGCUGGAUGAAUCUCACGACAUGAGCUCGUCCUAAAAAUUCCGCUCUUUGGAUAAGAGAAUGAAUCCAGAUAGCUCAGCUCCUCCCAGCAUUGCACGCCAUGGAGUAUAGAAUGGCUGCAUAAAGGGCAGAUACAGCAUACAACUACGGUCACGGUUGCUUCACGCGUUAUAAUUGCACUUGCCUUGAUCUGUUCUCGUUUUAUUGAUGGCAUUUUUUUUCGUAGACUUUGUAAUUGUGUAUAUAUUUUUCUUCCCCAUCUUUCAUAUGUCAGUAUAUAUACAUAAUACAUGUCAAGUGCAA